ACCUACCGCCGCCAUUUUGGUUCCGGGGCGGGAAGAGUGCUCUGAGUGUUGGUCGCUUCAGCUUCAGUCCUCCUCAGGCAAAUCCGCGGACUAUUUUUAAAAGCACACUACAUAGACACCCUGGCAUACCCUGACACACGUCGAUACUGGGUGUCUUUAUAGGCCGUGAGAAACACUUUUUGUUUCUCUUAAGUCACUCGUUUUUUUUUUUUUGUCUGUUUGCCUUUUAGCUAAGAAGCACAACUAAGAUCCGUUUUAGCUCGCUGAGAUGUGCGGAAGAACUGCGUGCACUCUAGCUCCUGACGAAGUGAGCCGAGCCUGCUCCUACAGAAACCGGGGAGGACGGCGAAGACAGCCCCGCUGGAGGGAUGGAGACGCGGACAAAUACAGACCCUCCUACAACAAGAGCCCUCAGUCCAUGAGUCCGGUUCUGGUGUCGCAGAGACAUUUCGAUAAGAGUGCUCCUGUGGAUGAAUGUGUUCUGGCCUCUAUGCGCUGGGGUCUGAUACCUGGAUGGUUCAAGGAGAACGACCCAAGCAAGAUGCAGUACAGUACUAGCAACUGCCGCAGUGAGAAUAUUCUUGAGAAGAAGUCCUACAAGGAUCCCCUAUUGAAGGGACAGCGCUGCGUCAUCAUGGCUGAUGGAUUUUAUGAGUGGCGGAGAAACGGAAAGGAGAAGCAGCCUUUCUUCAUCUACUUUGCCCAGAAAAAGGGUCCGAGCCAGGAGAAAAAAGAGGAUCAGCAUGACCUCAUGUCUCCAACUUGCAUAAAAGAGAGCUCAGAGAUGAGGGAAUUCUCCUCUGGCCUGUCAGAGGAAAGUGAAGCUCCCGCUGAGUGGACUGGAUGGAGGUUGCUGACGAUGGCCGGAGUGUUUGACUGCUGGACGCCACCAGGUGGUGGAGAACCUCUUUACACCUACAGCGUUAUCACUGUGAAUGCUUCAUCAAAUCUGCAAAGCAUUCACGACAGGAUGCCAGCCAUCCUGGACGGAGAGGAAGAAGUGGGAAGAUGGCUUGAUUUUGGGGAGGUGAAGUCUCUUGAUGCCAUCAAACUGCUUCAGUCCAAAGACAUUUUGACAUUUCACCCUGUGUCUUCUUUUGUCAACAACUCACGCAACAACUCCCCAGAGUGCCUUCGACCGAUGGAUCUCAACAGCAAAAAGGAGCUCAAAGCCACAGCAAGCAGCAAGAUGAUGAUGAGCUGGCUGUCGAGCAGCAGCCCUUCAAAAAGGAAAGAGCCUGACACAAAUGAGACCAAGGAAGAGCAGGAACACAACGCCAAGACUCAAUGCAAGCCCGUAGGACGACUUCAGCUGUGGCUUCAGGGAGCCAAUAAGAAACCAAGAACGAAGUAAACACAUGAACUGACUCGGAGAAAGAAAUUUAGUUUUACGCUGUUAGACGUCAUUUAUGUCUUAAAUUCUCAGCUUAAACUGUUUUCAUUGUUGAGAGAAAAAUGUUUAUAGAUUAAUGUUGAUACCAUAAACAUUUAAAUAUAACAAUGUCUGAGAUUUAAUAAAAAAAUACCAAAAACUC